UCCUCCACAGGGUUUCAGUCCGCACCUUGUCCCACGAGGUUCCGGUAGUCAUUCAUUAUUUGGCCUGAGAUGCCUUAAGGAUGGGAGGAGCAGUUCUCAAUAGCCUCUGAUUUGAGACCCUGAAGAGUUUGAGUCAGCGACUCUACAGGAAGUUACUGAGGUGGGACCGAGCCCGGACUCUCCUAGGGAACACCUGAAGUACAGAAGCCCGGUCGCCAGGCCUCAGUAGCAGGAAAAAACGGCAGUUCCGAGGCACUCUGGAACGCGUGCACACGCCUAGAGGGAGCAGGCCUUGGAAUUUGAACACAGCUGAUAUCAGAUUCCACAGGGUUAGAGGCCGAGGAGGAGGAGCGAGCAGUGCUGGGGUCAAGAUCCCUGCAGUUUGUGUAAACUGAAGUGCUUCACUUUUGCUGUGCGUUCUGCCCACGUCAGCUCUCAGAGCUGUGUAGUGGGGCCAGGCCAGUUGCCUGAGCACUGGGACCUGACCAACCCAGCCGCGCCAAGGAAGGAGGGGUUUAGCAUUGUGGCCUGCGGGGUGGGAUAGGCCACAAGGUGUGUAAGUGGUGAGAGAUGACACGAAGAUCGGGCAGUAGAAGACUACACACUCUGGAGUUUUAAGAACUUCUGAUUCUAGGUGUGCUGGAGGGCGGGGGUUUUUUGUUUAAUAUGAAGAGGGCACGCCUUUCAGGAGUCAUUAUCUCCUUUUCAUCAUGUGAGUUCCCGGGAUGGAAUUCAGUCAUUCUUGGCCACAAACACUUUUAUCCUCUGAGCCAUCUUGCCCAACUAGCCUCGCUACUGAGAAGAUGGUGGACCAUUUGGCAAACACAGAGAUCAACAGCCAACGGAUCGCAGCAGUGGAGAGCUGUUUUGGGGCAUCAGGGCAGCCGCUGGCCCUGCCUGGCCGUGUGCUCCUGGGUGAGGGGGUACUGACCAAGGAGUGCCGAAAGAAGGCCAAGCCACGCAUCUUCUUCCUCUUCAACGACAUCCUGGUGUAUGGCAGUAUUGUGCUUAGCAAGCGCAAGUACUGCAGCCAGCAUAUUAUUCCCCUGGAAGAGGUAACAUUGGAGCCACUGCCAGAAACCCUGCAGGCCAAAAACCGCUGGAUGAUCAAGACAGCCAAGAAGUCCUUUGUGGUGUCGGCAGCCUCUACCACGGAGCGCCAGGAAUGGAUUAGCCACAUUGAAGAGUGUGUGAGGAGGCAGCUGCUGGCCACAGGCCGCCAGCCCACCACUGAGCAUGCAGCACCCUGGAUUCCUGACAAGGCGACGGACAUCUGCAUGCGUUGCACACAGACACGCUUCUCAGCACUUACCCGGCGUCACCACUGCCGAAAAUGCGGGUUUGUGGUCUGUGCUGAGUGUUCUAAGGAGCGUUUUCUGCUGCCAUAUCUCUCCCCCAAACCCCUUCGUGUCUGUAGCCUCUGCUACCGUGAGCUGACCACCCAAAAGCAAAGGGAGGAGGACAAAGAGAGGUACAGGGACUCUCCAGGGCAGCCAACCCACCUAGGCGGUGCUGUCUGUGGUGCAUCCAGUGGUGAUGAUGAUGACUCCAAUGAGGACAGAGACGGCAGUGGAGAUGGUGACUGGCCUAGCCAGGUGGAAUUCUAUGAUUCAGGUGUCUCCUGGUCAGCCUUCCACAGUUGACCCUCAGAGUGUCUGCAUCAAACCAGUCCACUGCCCACGUCCCCAAGAGUGCAGGUCUUGAACUGUCUGAUUUUGCUGGGACCCAAGCCCAUGGUAGUGGGCAUAUGAUAGGUAGCUGUUCUGGAGUCAUUACUAGUGCCUUUCUGCUAGACAGCAGCAUCCUAGGCCUUCUGCUGCUUCUGGUCAGAUAAUUGCCUUUCCGUUUCACAAGGCCCAGGACAUAUAGUCUUUGGUGACCAGGCUACUACAGCCCUUGGGGUUAGACCAGGCCGGUGUCCCAAGCAUUAAAAGACAGGGUGGAAGAGGACAAAGGGCCCACUCCACUCUGGAGCUUGAGCUUCAGACCGCAUCCCACCUCCACCCCUUAACAGGCACAGCCCAUGCCAGCACAGAAAGCCUGCACAUCCACCACCAUGCAGAUAUCACUACCUGUCCACUGAUGGAGUCCUUGCCAAGCUAGACCCCAGAUGCACUGUAUGUGCCUUUGGGGCCCAGGUGAGCUGCAGCCUGAGCUCCCCUAACCCAGAGCAACCCAUCAAGGUCUCUGCCCUGUCACCACCCUCCAAAUGUCUGGGGCCUGUCCUGUCCCCAUCUCUGUCUGCAGUCAGCAGAAGCAAUGUUUUUCCUUAGGACUCUGGAUUUCAAGGACAGAAACCCUAUCCAGACUGACUUACCAAUUAAAAAAAAAAAAACCUCUUUUGAUUGCUAAGUCUAAGAGUACCCUAGCUUCAGACACUACUCAAUCAGUGGUAGAAGCCAUGGGUAGGGACAGCCAUCACUGAUACUGCCACACUGGGCAUUCCUGGAAAUGCCUCCCACCCAGUGAGACAUUCAUGCCAUACUAUGGCUGGCUCCCCAAGAACAAAGCCCCAUUCUGCUGCUUUGAUAGCCAGCCUGCCUGCCUUCCUUCUUUCCUUUUCCUUUGAGACAG